UUAUGUUAUGGACAUUUAAAAACGGAGAAACUUCCAGAACAUUUGCAGCCAAUUCGAAUCGACUGUGGCACAGGGUUACGAACACGUGCGGUUCAGGCACUAUUUCACCAGUAUGGGGAGUUGAAAAGUAGACUCGUAACCGUAACAGGAGUCAGCUCUUGUAUGGAUGCCUUACUGUUUCACUGGUGCUCAUCAGUCUGGUUUCAUCAAAAAAUAAAAAAAGACACUAAGAUAUGGAUGUUUUAUUUCAAACUUUCUAGUGAGAAAACAAGAGGUUCACACACAAAUCCGAGACGUUUUAGUAAAAAGUGGCUCAAUACAGUUGAUUUUCUUCGGGAUAAUCCUAAUGAUGGUUUUAUUGUACUUGCUGUAAGUUGCCUUAAUUUUAUAUCUUUUCAACCUGUCAUUGGAAUGGUUUUGACUGAAGCAUUAGUGGGCGUUAGCCAAGGUAUGAAGCAUUGUCGUGUCAAACUUAUGUUUCACAGUCAUCGGAAAGACAAACGAUAUCGGCCAGAGAGUGGAUAUCAAGUAAUUUUGGAUCCUGUUCAAGAUGUGCGCGUGCUCAAAUGGUGGCAUUCGCUUUAUCCGACGUAA